AUGAGUAGUGAGAUGAGCCAACUACGUACUGGUCAGGUCUUCUUCAGUGCCACUAACUACAACUACCCGCACGGCACAUUAAUGCGCCAUGAUUACUUCGAUAACGGUUACGAUGACUACUUCGUUCGGGACUGGAUGAGGCCUGAUGAGGACAUUCUGAGGCGACACUAA